UUCGUUCAAUCUGGAAACCAAUAAAAAUUUGUAUAAAUGCCUUAGAGGGUGGCUCUGCAUCUUUAGCAGACUGUUUUAUAUACAUGAUUAAGUUGGCAAUUGCCAUCUAUCAUAUUCCCGAUUCAAUUCCAUUUAAACCUGUUAUGAUUCAACUGUUCAACCGAUGUUACAUAGAAUUUCAACACCCGUGUUAUCUAUUAUGUUACUACUUUCAUCCAUUCUAUCAUAGAAAAGGGUUUAAAAAUGAGGCAUUCCGUAAUGCUGCUAUAACUGCUUCAACCAUAUGGAAAAGUUAUUCGCAUACUGAGCAAGAAUGCAAGGAACUAAUAUCCCAGUUUCGUUAUUAUGAUGCUAGGAAAAAACCAUUCGAUCUAUCUUAUGUUUAUGGGCUUGAUUCCCCUAUGUUAUGA